AUGCCUCAGAAUCGCUUCUCGGCGUCCUCUUUCCGCGAGGGCGGCGGGGAGCAGGAGGCGGCGGCGAAGAAUGUCGGCAUCGAAGUCUUCGCGCACGGUGCUUUGGGCACGGACGCUCUUCUUGUGGCGUCGCUAUCCAACUCUGCUCUCCUCAUCUUGCGCAUCGGAUCUGACUGUAUUCGAAGCUGGCUAUUAGACUGGCCCGUUGCGGGCAAGAUUCGGGGUAUGUGCGUCAGCCCGGACCUGCAGUGCGUCCUCUGCGCGACCGAGGGUCUGGAGGGGGUCUACCUCUUGGCCGUGGACAACCUGGGGGAGGAGCAGGAGGCGCGACCAACCCCCACAGCAGGGAUCCCCAGCGUAGGCGGCAAGGGCACCGCCGGCAACACGACGGGCGAGGGCAACACCAGUCACGACAGCGCCGGCGGCGACGACGGGGUCAACUCUGGCGGAAAGCGCGGCGGCGAAACCGGAAGAUCCGGCGGCGGCGGCAACCAAUCAACGGCCCGGCCGCCAUCGGAGGCGGCGGCUGCCGUUAUGGCCGGUGCCAGUGCCGGUGCCGCCGCGACGACGGCGAGACACGCCCCGAGGAGAGCGGUGGCGGACACCGCGUUCCCUAGCCUCGUCCACCUGGCCAGCCGGGGGGAGCAGCGGAAGCGGGCGAGCGGCGCGAAGGCCCGGUAUCCCUCCGCGGAGCCGGUGUUCAUCGCCAGCCUGGGGCGGCGGGGCGGGGCGGCGGCGGCGGCGGCUGGGGACGGCGGGCAACGAGGGCAGCAGCAGCCGAGCGACGACGAGCGAGGCGGCGACGGGAGGAGGCAUUCGACCGGGGCCGGCGGUCGAGUUCCCCACCGGGGCGGCGGCUCUCCGAGAUCCUCCUCCGCGCCGCCGCCCUUUGAGUGCCUGUGGUGGGUCACGCGCAGCGGUAACCACUUCGCUGUUAUCGGCGACCCCGAUGGAGAGGUGCACUUUCUCGACUUGGAGGGCCUGGACGCGUGGGUCAUCGCGCCGCCUCUACCGUCCAUGGCGCGGGGUCGCGUGUGCGCCUUGGACAUUGUCACCGACCUCGCGGGGACUUCUGGAGCGCCUCCGCCCCGCGCGCAACGGACAGGGAGCGGCUCCGGACCGGGGGAAGCUUCCGACCAAACCGCUUCAGCGGCGGGGCCUCCUGCUGCUGCCGCUGCUGCUGCGGCCGGCGAUAGGGAUCAUUCGCACACCAGCCUGCCCCGACACCUCGUCGCGGUCUUGCAUACGGGUGCCGUGUUUAUCGUGCUGCUCGAGCGAGGGCACCCUGACGACGGGGUGGGUGAUGGCGGCGGGGAGGGGGAGGGCGAUGCGAAAAACGCGGUGAAAGGAGAGGCAGGGGAAGAGGACGGCAAGAGUAGCUGUGAUCACAUCGGCAAAGUGGACGGCCAUGGCAGAGAUAGCAGCAGCAGCAGCAGCAGCAAUUCCCCAGGUUGCUUGGGACAGCAGUACGUAUGCCUCGGAGCGGAUACAGCUGACCAGCCGGCGUUUUCCCCGGUGUGGCUAGACGUUGGGCGAGGCGGGGGCGGAGGUGGCGGGGGCGGGAUGGGUGUCCGCGUGAUACCACCUUUAUAUCCACCCGGCGACGGCGGUGGGGGCUCAUCUAUUCGCCUCCGAAUGUCGAUCGUCUCGAGGGCGUGGGGCAACAAGUGCGCAGUAAAGAUCUUACGAGUAGCGGGCGCGCCUGGGGGAUCCGCCGCCGCUGCCGCCACCGCCGGAGACAAGGACAAGGAACAGCCGCGCCCGCAGCAGCAGCAGCAGGGAUGGGGGCUAGAUUGGAGCCCUGACUCCGGCUCUACCGCCGGCAAACCCCUGCCGAUCCGGACGGCGACCGUGAGACAGGUUAACUUGCCCGUGGACCACCCCGUCCCCGAGCACCACUCCCUCGCCGCGGUCGACGGGCUUUGGGCCGUGAUCGCCAGCCCCCCGGCGGGCGGCGCGCCCGCUCGCGUCGCCGUCGCGCCUCUGGGGGGGGCGGAUCAGUCGGCGGCUCACCACCACAACCACCAACCCGUCUGCGUAUUUCCCCUGCCCGCCGGGGAGCGCGUGAGCGGCGUCGCGCUUCUGCCCCGUGCAGGCGGCGGCCAGACGACAAGAGCUAGCGGCGGCCGCGAUAGCAACGGCUCUUCGUGUCCGGGCGCUACCGUACCCGCAGGGUCGUGGGGCUUGGUGUGGAGCGACUGCUCCGUUUACCGUGUCGACCUCGGCGUAGGAGCGGAGGCGGCGGCUCCCCCCCAGCCGGCUGCCGCCGCCAGCCGCCGGCCGCGACUCCCCGUCCCGCCCCGGCACGUGGAAGCGGCAACGGGGACGACGACCGGUGCUAUCGCGCUUCGGCGGCCGUCGCCGGCGGCCGUGCGCCGCGCGCGCGAGCUGCACGCUGCCGGGCGGGUGUCCGAGGCGGCGAGAGUAGCGAUCGAGGCCCUGGACGAGAAGAAUGAAACGUCGACGGCGGUAACGCCGGCCCGCGGGGGGGGCGGGGGCAGCGGCGGAGGCGGAGUGACGACGCGCAUGGUUCGAGAGGAGCUGGCCAACACGCUUCUGGAGUGGCUGGUCGUGCUCCAUGUGCGGCAAGCCAGCAGCGCCGCCGGCUCUCGCCUGGCGCCCGCAGACCGCGCGCCGAAACGCGGAGGUGCAGAAGAGGAAGCAGGAGCUGUUCCCGGCAGCGGUGCUGACGUCACCGGUAGCAGCGCUCGUGCCUUCGAAAACGAGAAAAGUAAAACAAGGAGGGCGUCCGUGACCGCGGGGGCGCGGGGGGUGCGCUCCGCUAUCCGGCGAGACCCCAAGGUGGGGCGGCCUUCGUCCGCCCGCCCGGCGUCGAACAAGCACGAAGAAGCGGCUUCGAGCACGACGUCGAGUGGUGCCGCGGACGACGAUAGCCCGGCGGCGGCGGCGGCGGCGGCGCUGGCCCAGCCCUCGGCCAAGCAGCUGGAGCGCUACCUGCUGGAGUCCCGCGACUACGACCCGGUGCUGGCGGCGACGCUGCUGCACGAGCACGGCGAGGCCGACCUCGCCGUCAUGGCCGGUGUCGCCCGAGGAGUAGGAGUAGGUGGGGCCGAGGCGUUGCCGAAGGUGCUACGUGUCCUUGCAGAGUCUUCGUGGCCGCCGAGGCUCGGGCCACGUGCCGUGGACACCCUCUGCGGCGACGAGACGGGAGCGGCGGCGCGGGAGACCAUCCAGGCCGGCGGAGGCUCGCUGUUCGCCGCGCUGGAGCCUGGGUUGAAGCUGCGACUGCUCUUGUCGAGCAGAAGCACGCUGCUCGGGGAUGGGGGGGAGGGGGCGGCGGCCGUGGGAGAGGAGGAGCCGGAGCCGGUGGUGGGUGCGGGUCGUGCUGCGCGGCCCCGUGCCGGCGAAGCAGCGAUCGCUCGCGUACGCAGCCACCUCGGCCCCAUCGUCCCCGCACUCUCGGCGGAAGAGCUGGACGCCCUCGUUUCCAAGCUGGCCCAGUGGUGCAAGGAGGGCGUCCUCGCCUCCGUGCCGCCCUCCGACCCCGCCGCGGGAAGACGAAGCGAAACCGCCGCCGCCGCCACCGCCGCCGACGCGGACUGCGAGAGCAGCAGCUGCAUUUUUCCCCCUCCUCCGUCUGGUCCUGCUGCCGCCGAGGCGUUCGAGGUCCUUGUCCAGGCCUUGUGCGAGCUGAGCGGACGGAGCCCCCCGCCGGGCGAGGGUAACAGACGCGCCUGGUUGCGCGCGGGGUGCGUCACCGCCGGCUCUCCUCCGGCGGCGGCGGCGGCGGCGGGCCUGGGAGAGCCGAGACCGCGCCGCCGUCUAGAAUGGGCACGGGCGACAUCCUCGCUAUGCGAUAUCUUGGCCAACGAGAGCGGAGGGCUAACAGGCGGCGGCGGCGGCGGCAGCGGUGGCGGUGGCGGUGGCGAAGGACCCGGCGGCGUGGGAACAGAAGAAGAAGGCGGCCUUCCUACCAAGGCCCGCCGGCGCCUCCUGCGAGUCCUGCCGAUUGUUUGGGGCUGGCACGACGCGGGGGGCGCCCUGAUGAGGCUGAGAGGGGCCGGGUGUUGGGCAGCGGUGGCGCUGCAGCUAGAGCUGUCCGGGAACGAGCGAGAGGCAGCGUCGGCGACACUCCACGGGGUGGUGUCAUUGUUGAGGGGUACAAACCACUCGGAAAAAGAAAACAAACUGAUGAAAAGGAAAUAUCAGGUACCGCACCGACCGUUCGAGAAAUGAGCCCUCGGAAACCGAUCAAAAUAAAACAAAAACAAAAACAAAGGAGGACGCUUCCCACACCCGCCUAAAGAAAAAAUCAAAGGGUAACGUAACGUACCAGCACCAGGCACUACGCACCAGGGCAUGGGAGUUACGGAGCAAACAUGACAAAGAGGCGGCAAAUGUGCAGACAGCCAGAUGUACGAAAAACAAAAGAAACAGCAAUAAAAUGCGAGAUCAAGGUACCCAACACAGCAGAGUAGGCAGGGAGGGGGGGAGGACAUGAAGAAAAAAGAAACACAGCACGGAGGCCGAAGGCAAUACAAAGGACAUACACAAAGGAGUAUAGCAUACAGCAGGGGGGGAAACAGGGCGCAACAGCAUCAGCCGGGUAAAUAGUUCGCCACAAGUGCUGCCUCGGCCGCCCUACUCGCUUCUACAGCAGUGCCCGUUCGCCGUUUCUUCCCCCCCACCGCCGCUUCCACGGCUCUCUUUCUCUUCGAUCCUGAGAUGGCCGUACUCUCUGCUUCUGCUUCCCUCGCGCGCUGGGGCUUCGCGGACGCUUCCGCCUUCUGGCUGUGCCAUUUCCUCAUGAGCCGUGCCGCCCCGUCCUCGACCUUGUUGUACCACACCUCCGGGUCCUCGGCGCUCUCUUUCCAUUUCCCCCCUUCCUUUUCGUCUCCCAUGUUGAAGGCCACGAGGUCCUCUCCUAGACGAGACACCCAGUCGCUCUCCUGCCCGUCCCGGUAUCCCACCCCCCCCGCCAUC